AUGGCAGGUCUGAAAGACGAUGAAUGCAGAAGAAAAUUCCGCCAACGUGUGUCUAUUCAUGUUGGAGUACGGACCAGGAAGAAGCUUAGCGAUGCAGAUUCCUUCACAAAGUGCAUCCAGGACGCUACAAGGGAAACGCUCCCGGUUCUAUUGCCGCGGAAGAAGUUUGCCUUUGCAUCUGCGGAAACAAAAUCCACAUACAAUUCUGUAUGUGUCGCGCGCAGCGCUGGUGACUUCAACCAGGAAAAGCGUCUUAGAAGGAAGCUGCGUCGUCAACUGCAACAAGACCGGAAAAAGCCUACGCUCUACUAA